AUGUUAAAACGACGGUUGUUUACAGUGCUGAUGAAUACACGACCUUUCUUAAAAAGAAGAUAUCUAAGUUCUGAAGCUACUUUAUCGGAAGAUGAAUAUGAAAAGCUGGCUGACGAAACGUUGAAUAAAUUGGCCGAUUAUCUGGAUUCUUUUCCAGAUAAAUUCAGCUGUGACAGAGAAUAUGAUGUGAAUUCGUCUAUGGGUGUCGUUACGGCUAAAAUUAGCCAAAAAAUGGGUACUUAUGUUAUCAACAAGCAAACACCAAAUCGACAAAUUUGGCUCUCUUCACCUUUGUCCGGUCCAAAGCGAUUUGACUUGGUUGGUAAAAAAUGGACAAGCACUCGCGAUGAUAUAUCACUGGAUGCUUUACUGAAUAAUGAAUUUCGAAAAAUUUUUCAAACUGAAAAAAUUGAUUUUAGUGAAUGGUCUACUAUUGCUAAUAAAUCCUGGGAGAAAAGAAUGUCAACAUGGGUAACAAAACAGUUCGAUGGUGAUAUGGAGAAGGUUGAAAUGCCAAUUCCCACUAUUGAGAAACCAGAUGAGCUUCUGGUCAAAGUUAAGGCGGCUAGUGUAAAUCCAAUUGAUACUGUAAUGCGAAAAGGAUAUGGACGACAAUUAUGUUCAGCAGUGAAAAAUUUCCGAAAUUGUUCGAUGGAUUCCACAAUACUGUUACCAUUUAUUGGUGGUCGAGAUUGUAGUGGUAUUGUUGAACAGAUUGGUGGAAAUGUGAAGAGAUUCAAGAAAGAUGAUAAGGUAAUUGCUGUGGUCGAUCCCUUCAGUUCAGGAACACAUGCAGAAUUUGUAGUUGUAAAAGAAUCAAAUUGUGUCUCAAAGCCGACUAAUGUAUCAUAUAUUGAUGGUGCCGCAUUUCCAUAUACAGCUUGUACCGCUUGGUCAGCACUAGUUUCGAUAGCUCGAAUUAAUCCAUACAAUGCUGCAUCGCAGCGUGUAUUAAUACACGGCGGUGCUGGUGGUGUAGGAACAACAGCAGUGCAAAUGCUCAAAGCGUGGAAUAUUGAUAAGGUAGUGGUGACAUGCUCGAGUGACUGUUUUAAUACAAUGCAAAAACUUGGAGCAAUACCGAUAAAUUACAAAAGUGCAGAAGCUUUGGAAAAGUUAAUCAGUGAAGGACCAUUUGAUGUAGUGUUAGAUUGCGCUCAAUCGGAACUGACGGAGCAGAGUAGUAAAGUAAUGGGAUUAUGGCGCAAUAGUGUGCACGUUUCUCUUUCCAGCCCACUUCUUGAUGAUACUGACAGAUAUGGAAUACUAUUUGGGAUUGCUUCAACUGGUGUAAAGUAUUUCCUGAAAGCAACACUGCCAAUAGUUCGACGUGGACAGUGGUAUUCAUAUGCGUUUUUUGCUCCACAUCCGGAAUGUAUGCAGCAGAUUUCGGAAUUUCUGAAGGAUGGCAAGAUGAAGCCAGUGAUUGAUCAAGUUUUCAAAUAUGAUGAACUUCCGAUAGCUUAUGAGAAAGUAUUGAAAAAAAAAGGAAGAGGCAAAACGAUUAUCAAUAUGAAUGAAAGUUAA